AUGUCGGGUCGAGUAAUCCCAGCCGCCGUCAACUGGUCCGAGCUCCUCCGAAAGACUGCUCCAGGAGACAAGAAGCUCAUGGCUGCCUUCAAGGUCAAGUCCGACAUCAUCGCCGGUAACUACGCCAAGGCCGCCGCGUUCAACCGAACCAUCAACUGGGAUUACUACCAGGGCGCCAUCAAGAACAAGGCUCUCGUCGCUGACUUCAAGGCCAAGUUCGAAGCCACUGAGAUCCCUGUUCCUUCCGAUGAAGGUCGACAGGCUGCCCUCGAGGCCAAGGCCGCUGAAGACGAAGUCGCCGUCGCCAACUACAUCAAGAAGGUCGACCAGCAGAUCGAUGAUGCUUCCGUCACCCUCAACAACAUCAAGGCUCUCCCACCAUUCGAACAGAUGACCCAGUCUGACAUCCUCUACUGGUUCCCCCAGCUCUGCAAGAACCAGGAGCCCGUCCCACUCUCCGAGAACCAGAUCAUGACCUCCGUCCAUGGUGUCCAGUUCGUCGAGACCUCCACCUACCAGUGGCCCGGUGACUACGGUGGAUGGUACAAGACCUUCGAAGAGACUAAAGGUACUGACGCCGCCGUCGAAUACCGACUCAACGAGUCCCAGUUCCCCGGCAACAAGUUCCCCGCUUUCUUCUCUUCCUUCCCCACUGAGGACUUCAAGGAAUCCUUCGCCCUCUCCGACCCCUUGAUCCAGUGGGAAGCCAUCGCUCACCACCCCGACUUCGACGCCAACGUCAACGCCAUCCAGGCUGCCGAGGGCGUCCAGGAAGAAGCUUUUCUGGUUUUCGACACUCAAGCAAACAAGCAGGCUGAUGUUCGUGAAAUCGGAACGAUUGUCCGCUCUCUCGGUUUGGUUCCCACCGAGGCUGAGGUAAAUGAGUUGAUUUCGGAGACAGAGGAUGAAACCGCUUCUGGAUUUGUCCGAUUAGACCGACUGUUGCCGGUUUUGACACAGUGCAUCUUGGAGAAGAGAUACAAACCCGAACCGGAAAAUGUCAUUCUCAAAGCUUUCGAAUCUCUGGACACUGACAAGAAAGGCUACCUUCUGCCCGAAGAAAUCAGCCAGUACUUGCGCGAAGAGGGCGAGCCCUUCUUACAGGAAGAACUUGAAGAGUUCCUCUCAGCUGCUGUCGAUCCAUCAAAAGGAAAAAUAUUUUACAAAGAUUACGUUGCGCUCCUCUCCGUCGACGACGCCGGCCUAAGCCUCAAAUAA